GUAAACACAACUAUUGCAUAAUCAUCAGUCACAUGCUAGUGUUCCCAGUGAACUGAUGCUGAUAAUAAAAUAUUUCAAUAUUUUGUAUAAAAGGAUCUAGUUUGAAUUGUUUUCGAAAUUUAUCGAAGGCUGAGCAACAGCUAUAGAAUUUGAUUGAUCCGAUUAGAGGUUAAUAAUAGUCGCAUUGCAAUCAACUAUUAACUGUUAACACACGAACUCUAAACUAAAGAGGGAUUCUACUGACUCUGAGCAUACGUCAAUAGGUCAAUUACUAACUACAGCUAUUAUGGCACUAAGCCCAAGAGAGCCCAAUAUGCCUAAAAAGCUGAUUAUUGAUCAAGCUAAGAUUGAUUUUGAGGAGAUUGCAGAACUUCUUCAAGUACAGCCUUCAGAGCAUGUGGAAAUCAAUGGAAAUGAAGGUGUUAAAAUAAUCCUUCGAUCGAUAAACUUCAAUCAUAAGUCAGCAGAUCUGACCAUAUACUUUAAGAAAAAAAUCGAUGCCACAGUCUUGGCUGCCUUGCCAGAUUUGAUUAACAUCUCUUCUUUAUUGCUUGUUGCAAAUCACAAGAUGGGAACAUUGAAGCCACUCUUUGAAGCUAUGUCGUCACUAGAAUCACCGAAACUGAAACGAUUAAGCUCAACGUCAUCUAUUAUUUUUGAUGGCAUCAAUUCUGAAGAUUACGACAGGCAGAUAUCACCUAGAAAAAUUACUACAUUUAACAAUGAAGAAUUCAUGGCGCUACUAAAGAUACAAUCCCUCAAAAUUAUAGAUUGUCAAUUAUGUGAUCUACGAGACACAGAGUUUCCUUCCCAAUUGCCUCAAAUUGAAGACUUGUCCAUUCGUUCUUUCAGAGGCGGAUCUCUGGCAAAUCUUCUUCGCGCACUAGCAUUGCAGGAAGACUCAAAGCUCUGUGAUUUGCGCAUAGAGGAACACCCACUCAGCACUGAAGAGAUCUCUCAGAUCGUGAAGCUAAAGUGCUUAAAUUCCCUAAAAUGUGGAUUUGCCGACAUUAAAAACCUAUAUAUGAUUAGCAAACUACCAAAAUUGCAAAUAUUUGGAAUAAUCUCACGGCAUAAGCUCAAGGAAAUCUCAGAAAAUCUAUUAAAGCUAAUAAUGUCAUGUAAUCGGACUUUUAGCAUCUAUUAUACGGAUGUCCUGAGUGUAGAUAGGAGUAUGCAAACACUUACUAUUCAAAUGAAUAAGACUAUGUAUUCAGAAGAGUUUGAACCCUUAUCAAAUUUUCCCAAUUUACUUUAUCUAGUAAUAAACGGAUCACAUGCCAUUGGGUCUCUGGCCCCGCUAUUGAAAGCAUUUGCCAACAAGCAAUCGACGGUUCUUCAAGAGAUAUGCAUUGAAAUGAAUCCCUUAUGCCAUUACGAAGUGCUCCUCAUUAGUCAAAUCAAAACACUGAAGUAUGUAGAGUGUCAAUUCAUCGAUCCUCGAAGUAUCAAGCUCUUGGCUAGUCUGCCUCUUCUUCGGCACUUGCGCAUAAAGUCGGUGAAUAAUUUGAACGACAUUGCGGAAGGCGUUUUGAGUGUUCUCUUGGGGUGCGGCAAUGAAGUAUCUAUUAUUCGAGAGUACCGUGAGAUUACGUACAUCAAAAAUCUUCAGAAACUUAAAAUUGUAAACGCUUCUUACGAGGAGUUGGUGUACAACGCUCGGGAUUAUGCGCUGCUGGCUCAGCUGCCUCCUUUGAAUACUCUAUAUAUUGAAGGAGUGCACACGCUUGGCUCAUUUACAGAUUUAUUCCAGGCACUUGGAGAGGUCAAGAAUUCAGCUCUUCAGGAAAUUCAGAUUGUGCAGAGUAGGAUUAGUUAUACUUUUCCGAAGCCCACGAUCAACAUAGAUGAAGCUAAUGCUAUUACAAAAAUAUUGACUCUGAGAAAACUAAAAUGUGGAUUCGUGGAUGGUGAUAGCAUUGAUGUCUUGGCUCAGCUAACAGCGCUUGAAGAGCUCUUCAUAACAACCCACAAGCAGGGCUCUCUUACACCGUUCCUCAAAGCACUAUCUUUGCGUAAGUCAUCAAAUCUUCGAUGUUUGAUCGUAGAGGAGAAUCGACUUACUGCUGAAGAAACCGCCCAAGUUUCAAAAGUAAACUCAUUGAAGAGAUUGGAAUGUGGAUUUGAUGGACAUAAUAUUGAAUCGCUGGCUCAGAUGAAUAACCUGGAAGAACUUAUUAUAACAUCAAUAGAAAAAGAAAUAUUGUCGCAAUUGAUUGAAGUAUUGGCUGCUGGAGGUCCGCGCACUCUCCGUCUCCUGGAUAUAAUAUCUACACCCAUUGACCUUAGCGACUCACAGUUUCUAGUUGAAAUUCAAACAUUGGACAGCUUACACUGCGCAUUCACCCACAAUGAGAGCGUUGAGCUUUUGGGUGAAUUGCAGUAUCUUCGUGAUCUGUCCUUGCAUUUAAUGCAUCACAAGUCGGAUAAUGAUAGUAUUAAAUGCAUUGCACAGUUCAACAACUUAACUGCACUUGAAGUCGUAUCAACAGAGGUGGGAUCCCUAACGGGUCUCCUCAAGGCGAUGUCGCUAAGGUCAAACCAGAUAUUACAGAGUCUGAAUAUUACAGAAAAUGACGUGAGCCCUGAAGAGAUUCGGGAAAUAAUCAAAAUAAAUUCGCUUCGCAGACUGAAGUGUGGAUUGGCUAAAAAGGAAAGCUUGCAUUACUUAACAUAUUUGAAAGAUCUUGAAGUGCUCGAAAUCACUUCGUACCAUGACUAUCAUGAUAUUUCCCAAGAUCUUUUACGAAUUUUAGAAGUGUGUUGCAAAUUGAAAGCCAUUGACUUUUAUUACGGCACACGAUUUGCAUGUGUGGAGUUUAUAAGUGCAGCCUUGAAGGUCCUUAAGGCGGUCAGGAACCCAAUCGAACAAGGUCCACUAGAGUUACGUGUUCCAUAUUUUGCAGGCCUAACACCGGAGCAGAGCGCUUUAAAUUCGGAAGCAUACUUGAAAAUAUCUAAAUUUGAAAAUUAUUUAUAAAAAAUUGUAUAAA